UAACUAUUCCAUCAAUGACAUUCUCUUGCGCGCCGACGUUGAAAAGAACCAGAGAUGACUGCGAAGGGAUGAGCUUGGACAUGGCGAAAUGCCUGAUGCUUCUCUCCCACGGGGUCAACACAAACCCUAGAAAAGCCGCCGUGCAUCACGAUGAGGACAACUUCGAGUGCAAGACGUGCAACCGCCGGUUCUCAUCAUUCCAGGCACUCGGCGGCCACCGGGCGAGCCACAAGAAGCCAAGGCUGCUGGAGACAAUGAAGCUGGAAGACUGCACCAAGCUGGCGUUGGGCUCAAUGGCAAAGCCGAAGAUGCACGAGUGCUCGAUGUGCGGACUGAAGUUCGCAUCGGGGCAAGCCCUGGGAGGCCACAUGAGGAGACACAGGGCCGAGCUGAUGAGCGGGGACAUGAUGAAGAUGGACGAGAUUCUCGCUGUCGGUUCGAUGAUCCCUCUGUUGAAGAGGUCGAAUAGCAGCAAGAGGGUUAUGGGCCUGGACUUGAACUUGUCUCCUCUUGAGAAUGAUCUCAAGUUCUUGUUUGGCAAGAUGGCUCCCAAGAUAGAUCCAGUGUUCCUGUGAUUACCGUUCCUUUUUCUCACGUUGUUUUAUUAAGGAGUUUUACUUUAGCUUGAUAAUUUGUUCAUUCAUUUGUAUUCAUUCAUUUGUUGUACAAAAGGAAAGUCCUAUAUGGACCGACUAAGUUUAGGUUCUUUUGUAAAUCAUCCAAAAAUUCGAGUUCAAUCUUUCUUUUG